AUGGGAAACAACCCCUCGUCCUCGUCCAAGCCGGCCACGCCUGUCUCAUCACAGGACUCUCCCAAGCACCACCACCACAAGAGGGAGUCCAAACACAUCAUCCCGCCCCGGUCUGCCGAGCGAGUUGCUGCCCCGCCUGAACCUUCCCUUACCCAGGCUCAAGGUUCCACGGCCACAAAGGGCCCCAGGCCUCUCCAGGCCAUCCCGAUCUCCAACUUCACCACCGGCUCUCCCUCGUCAAACUCGAGUAACUCCGCUCCGCCGCCGAAGCCCCCAGAAUCGAAGAACGUCGUCCGCGAUGCGCCUAGCAAGCCCGUAGACGUCCCAGCUGCUGCCGCGACAGAAUCCUCCUCCCUCAGAUCGCAUUACUCUGCCCACAUGGUUGAACCACCGCUGGUUGGGAACAGCAGCGUCAACGACAUGUCUUACCUGACACGUCCUCCGCGUAUGCCACUCCCCAUCGAGGAGGAGAUUCACACUCCGGGUUCGCCCAUCAUCGCCCCGACCGACGCCAACGACGCUGGUGUGGCCGAGGUGGAAACCCUCGAGGAUGGCAUGACUAGGAAGUCCUCGGCCUUGAGCACAAAUACAGUCGAAGAGGAAGAUGGCGAAGAGUUGAUUGUCGACAAGACGCGGCCAACGGUUCCUACUCGUCUCGAAUGGCGCAAGGGAGGAGGCAAGGUCUACGUCACAGGAACCAUCUUCCAAUGGAACCGCAAACAUAGAUUACAUCCUGUCGAUGGCCAGCCUGGCGUGUUUGCAGCCACGAUUCACAUUCUUCCGGGAACACACCAUGUUAGGUUCUUGGUGGACGGAAUCAUGCAGACUUCACCUGACCUGCCAACAACCGUGGAUUUUGGAAACAACCUAGUCAACUUCAUCGAAGUGAGCGCAGAUGACAUCCCAGCAACAGCACCCGUUGAGCCUGGAAAGGACGGCGUGGCUACAGCAGCUACCAUUGACAAGGGCGGCCCAAAGACCUCGGCAUCGCAAACUGAUGAGCAGCCCAAGGCGCCUAGGGGCAAAGAAGUGCCUUCGCCCAGUCAAUACUUCCACCAGAUACCCAAGUACUUGGUGGAUUUUGAUCAGCCCGAAGACUCGCCAGCUUACCAGUAUGCGGUUACAGCUAUUGAAAAGUUGCCGACACCUCCGAGCUUGCCAGGGUUCUUGGGUAAGCCCAUCUUGAACGCCGCAGUUCUUAUGAAGGACGACAACAGUGUGCUCAACAUGCCCAACCAUACUGUUCUCAACCAUCUUGCUACCAGCAGUAUUAAGAACAACAUUCUGGCUGUGUCUGCAACUACACGUUACAAGAACAAGUAUGUUACGACGAUCAUAUACAAGCCCACCACAACAGACGAGUGA